AUGCUGCUGUGGCCAUUUCUCACACUUCUAUUUCCGCUUAGCAGGGCACUAGAGUGGACUGAUAUAAUAGGACUGAGAGAUAAAGAUGGUAUUAUCGAAGUAACUGAAUCUAACUAUCAAACACUCUCCAAAGGGAUUCGCAACUUUUAUUCCGUUCUGUAUUUAACAGCAUCAAAACCCAACUCUGAAGGUGUCUACUGUGAUAUAUGUGAUCAAUUCGAGGCUAACGUAAGAAAAACAUCUGCUGCUAUCCUUGAACAGGUUUCCUUUGAGGUAAGUACCGAAAUAUUCUUUUUCAAAUUAGAUGUCAGCGAAGUGCCGUCUUUAUUGAAGGAAAUGCCACUGAAGGCAAUCCCACAUCUAUUGGUUUAUCCACCCAGUCCUAAUGAUGAUAAUUUUGCAUGGCACUCAAAUCAGUUCUAUCAAUACCAAAUUGGAAAGCAUAGUGUGGAAGACCCUGUACAUUUCGCAGACUUUUUAGCCAAGAUAUUCAAUGUCUUCAUCAGGAUAAAACCUGACUUCAAUUAUGAAGAGUUUCUGCAAUACUUCAUAUUGUGUUUGGUGAUCUUUUUUGUAUUCAAAAAGAAAGUUCUGCCGCUAAUCCCACACAAAGCAAGAUUCUUCAGUAUGCUCUUUUCUUUAUCGCUAAUACUUUUGUCCAUAACUGGUUUCAAAUUUACACAAAUCAAUGGAAUCCCCUUACUCGCCAAGGACAAAGAUGGCAAUAUCAUGUUUUUUAGUGGAGGAAUGGGAUGGCAGUUUGGAAUUGAAAUUUUCACCGUAUCUGCGAUGUACUUAGUAAUGGGUGGGUGCUGUGUUGGAAUGAUCCUAUUAUCACAGUGUUCAAAGUUAAAUUCCAAUGUCACAAACUUUGCUACGCUUGCAUUAGUCGGAAUUCUCACAUAUAUGUUCGCAUACUUCUUAAGCUGCUUCAAGAUCAAGAACCCAGGUUAUCCUUACACUUUUUGA